UUAAUCGUCGGUAUUCGUUUUCUUCGAUAAAGUUUCGAACUCGACUCUGUACAUCCUUUUACUAGAACACUAGAGGACAAAAUCAUUUGGCAUACACGACACAAGUGGCAUUUUUCAAGCUAGCUUAGGAGUAAUACAUUUGACACGGAAAGAUGGACGGAACACACGCCAAGAUCCCGAAAAACGCUAGUUCAGGACCCCAUCUUGAGGAUGAGUUGGAACGUGAUGAUAAUCAGUCUGCCAGACGCAGCACAUUUGAACAAUUUGAAGAAACGAUGGAUCACUUACAGCAAUGUGAAUUGAAAGCGGCCACAGAGUCUUUGCAAGCUGCGCAUGAGCACCUCGUGAAUCUAACCCCAGAUAGCUUCGGAAACCCAACUGAUUACGAGAAGGGGCAGGUGGAUCGAGGUAGAAAGAUGUGUUUGAGUAAUUGUUCCAUUCCUUCUUUCUUUGGAGUUGUUUUGUUAAACCUCGAGCUGACUUCAGAUAAGGAUGUUCAUUUUUUUGCCAGCUUUACUAUUGUCUUUGGUGCUGUUGCACUCAAGCUGCAUAAAUACAAAAUAGCUAUAGACUUAUUUCAGCGAUGGUAUUCUCUUUUCACAUUUAAUACCACGGCAUAUCCUGAAAACAAAAUGCAACUCAUCGAUGUUUUAAGAGCAGUAGCCAAGGCCAAUGUAGGUUGUGUUUAUCUGAUUAUGCGAGUUAUGGACAAGGCUAAGGAUUAUUUAGAACACGCGCUGGAGAUUUUUGGAGCAAUUGAAAACAAAUACAAAACUGACUCUCCAGAAAUAUACAUUGUUGCUAUACAAACCAACUUAAGCUUAGCUUACCAGUGUCAGAAGAACUACCCUGCUGCAGUAAAGUUGCAGGAGCGUCUUAUUCUAAAGUCCACAGAUCUUAUUCUUCCCCCACAUUUGGUAGCCGCCAUACAUUACAAUAGAGCAGAGUUGUUCAUAGAACUCAAAGAACCUGUCAAAGCACUGAUGGAGCUGAGGAUAUUGGAUUUACUAUCUGAGAGGAUGAACAAUGAAGAAGCAAUAUUCUCGAAAUUUAUAUCGUCUAAAAUUUGUUUGGCGUAUCAAAAGAUUGGAGAUGUGGCUAGUGCAGAGAAAAUAGCGGAGCGCUUGACUUUCCCUUCUCUUUCGCCUAAAUCGCUAUCACCACCACUCUCGCCUUCUUCACAAUCGUUUUCGACAGCAUCGGGGUCAGGGCUAGGGUCAUUAUCAUCAUCAUCAUCACCGUCGUCAUCAUCAGUUUCAUCAUCAUCAUCAUCUUCAGCAGUUUCAUCAUCAUCGUCAUCGUCAUCGUCAUCUUCGUCAUCAACAUCGUCAUCUUCAUCGUCUGCUUCGUCACUAAUGUCUUCAUUUUCGUUUUUCUUUCCCGAUUUUGAAGUUGCCCUCGGAUGUAGUGGACAAUUCCACUGGGACUUCUUGUUCGCAACGAUAUUGAAUUUAGUUGAUUAUCACUUGAACGAUAAAAACUCAGACUUUGCAUCUUUCCUUGACGUUUUUGUACCAAGUUGCAAAGAAACGCUAGGGAAAAACCACCCAACGCAUGCAUCGUUUCUCUAUAGGCAAGGUGUUAGAUUCUUUCUGAUGAAGAAAAACUUGUCAUCAAAUAAUUUCUUUGAAGAAGCAUUGAGUAUUUUGACAAGUUUUGACUACGGUUCAGAUCACCCGGAUUUAGUGCAAUGUCACAUCGCUCUUGCAAGACUUUUACUGUGCGAGGACUUUCAAGAGGUUCCUCAGUUGAAGUCGCGCCCUGAACGAAGCUGGCGAGAAUUUCCUUGCAACGCGGCAGGUGGAGUUGUGAGCCCUGAUAUUCCAUCAUUUGGAGAAGACAACAACAAGUGGGACAGCAACGAAGAAUUCAACGAACCAGGUAAAAUUUCUAGUCAAGAAAACAGUGAAGGUGAGCAUCACUACCGCCUUAAAAAUCCGUCCCAAAAGGAUAAAAAUGGAAGAAUCAGCAUCUCACAGGAGGUAAUGGAAACACCAAAUGAAGUCAGCGAUGGACGGAAUGGCGUUCUUAAAGCUUCUUUUCAGGGAGGAGAUGUGUUUGCAGACAGCGGUGAAAACCGCGAUGUACUUCCUACAAAUGGGGCUUACGGCCUUGACAAGGAUUGGAAUACCCAAGCUGUUGCCCUUCCAAAAACACCAGGAGAUUUCCAUGAGACUAAUUCGAAAAAAAAAAGAUCUCUUGGUUUGAAAGGUGGACGCCGAAGCGAUCUUCCGUCAGGCCACAGUUCACAAAGGGAUCAAAGUGAGGAUGACUUUGGAACAAAUCACAUCGGAAUAUAUCCCAGUUUUCUCGCACGUCAUUCUUGUGAGUGCCGUGCAUCUGAUGAGCGCUGGGAUUCUUGUGGCCCAUGUGAAGAUUUUGAAUUGCCUGUAGGUACACACUCCGAGUACAACAGAUCUGGGUGUAUGCCUGAAGUGUACUGCCCUACUCCCCCAAGUUCAUCGACACUUCCUGAAUGUCGUGAUUCUACAAAAUUUUAUGCAGGAGAUUAUUCUGCCUACGCCAGCACCAUGGGAUCUCCUCCACAAAUAUACUCAAGUCGUGAUGGUUAUCAGCCGCAAAAGUCAUCCCUCAACUUAGUGAUGCCCAAAACUGUUUCAGCGAAGACCUUAGGACUGCCUCAAUCUUCAAGCCUCCUCGAAGAUGGAUCUAAAGCAAAUCUCCCGUUGACAGUCAGAGAGUUUCCCAUUGGUAAUGGACGCGCAAGAACUCCGCCAAAUAUCUUCCCAAAUGGACAUGUACUCGCCGAAAGGCCGAUAUCGCCAUCGCAGUUGGAAAGAGGAGAUGACGCUCCGGGAUUUCUUCUGGACGGGGAAAGUGCAGGAGCUGGUCAGGGUCUGUUAAACAGUAAUUCAAACACAUCUGUUGACGGGUCAUUGGCCGUACUCGAGCAACGUGUGGCUGAAGCUUGCUCUCUUGUCGAGAGAACGUUGAAAGAAAGACAAGAGAGAGAGAAAUCCAUGAAAGAAACUGAGCGAAAAAGAAAAGAAAAGCGGGAAAGGAAAGAAAAACAAGCACGAGAAAGAAAAGAAAGGGAAGCGAGGGAAGCGAGAGAAACGGAACUCAUGAAUGAAAGAGUAGAAGAGAACUCCACGAGCAGUGGACAAGAAACACCUUCGCAAGACUCGGCUCCUGCUGAGGUUCGACAAUGGCUGUGUGAACAUUAUCAACGGCUCUGCCGUGUCAAGUUUUCAUGCUGCGGAAAGUUCUUUCCUUGUCAUCGUUGUCAUAACAACUCUGGGUGCCCAAAUGACAAUUCCAAAGCAAGAGAGGCGUGUUCUGUUGAGUGCUCUGUUUGUAGCCAUCAACAAGAGAUCAACCAGGACGCCCACACCUGUGCCAGAUGCAAAACAAGGUUCUCAGCAUAUUUCUGCUCGGUGUGUAAACACUUCACAGGGGAAGAUAAAGCUCCUUAUCACUGCGAAAAGUGUGGUAUCUGCCGUAUCUACAAGGACCGCUCUUUCCACUGUGAUGUGUGUAACGUCUGUCUGGACAAACGGCUGGAAGGAAAACAUUCUUGCCGAGCAAAUUCAGGACACGAUGAGUGCUGCAUCUGUUUAGAGGACGCUUUCAGCGGUUGUCAGAUCCUGCCAUGCUCACACAAGGUUCACCGAGAGUGCGCUAUUGCUAUGAUACAGAACGGCGUUCGCAGCUGCCCAAUUUGUCGCCAUCCUUUGUACAGUCAGACAGGCAUGAAUGAAUGAUAACCUCGACUCCAGUGCUAAGAAUUCCAAGAAAAGGCAAAUUGUUCCUAAUUGAGAUGUUUUAGAUAGCGUCCUGAUUAAUUUAUUCAUUCUUUAUUGUAGGCGUGAAUUUAACUCUUUAUCCUUGACUGGCUCCUAAUUUGUCCUCACGGUAUCACCCUAGAAUGAAAUGGUGAAUGUGACGAAAAUAAAGGCACUGAUCACCAAUUUAGCAAGCUCCUGAUUAUCAAACAAACUCUCAUUGUCAGUACCAGAGGAAAUACAAAGAGAACAGUGAAGAUUGUUCGGGUGUAGAGGGUUAAAGAUCGUAAUAGUUAUUUUAAUCUCACUUGUGCAAGGACGCAAACCUUAGGGGGAAGGGGAAAUGAGGGUGGCAGGAUCCCCUUAGGUCGAAGUGAUUUCUAUACAGUGACUUUAAUAUCCAAAUUUAUACAAAAGUAUACAAAGCAUUGGUUUGUCUGGCGAGGAGAUGGAAAGCCAAGUGCAUCAUAAAAGUGAAGCCAUUGUAAAAUAAAAUUCUAUUUCUUAUCAUUGUAGGGAAAAAAUCAGAGUAAAUUGUCCACAGGCUUAAGCAGCAAAUUAGAUUUGGUAGCGGGUUGUUUUUUUCGUAAUCUAAAAUGAAAAAACGCUUCAGGGGAUUUUGUAACCUUUCGGCCAAACAAAACAUUUCACUUGGUGUUGUUAUUAAAUUCCUGGAGGUGUUUCAUGGUUAUUAGAGUGCUAUGUGAAAUAAAGCCCCUCUACAACCUUUUUUUCAUAUAUAGUUACACCAGAACAGGAAGGAAGUUUAAGGAUUUCAAAUUUCAUCUUCUUUUCCUUCGUGAGACGUGCGAUAGAAAUGAAGGAAAGAAAAAUCGAGCUUGCUCUUGAAAUUUCGGGAGUCAUCUAUUAAGUUAGUAACGAGUGAUAUUAAUGCAUUUUCAGUAACUAAAUUUACUUAUUAAGCUUAUUUUAUAAUAAAGUGGUAACCUCCAUAAAUAAAAGGUAUUUAGUUUUCUUAGGUUUUACAAUUUUUGUAGUUAUGUAAGUAGUUUCUUAUUUCCUACUGAGGUAACCUCUGGAUUUUAAACUUCAGGUAGCUAUGCAAGUCAUAGUUACGCAAUCAUUAUAUUUUCUCAGCAAAGAAAGUAGACAAUGUGUGGAUCGA